CUGUCCCCAGUCCCAGCUGGCGGAUGUCCCCUGAUGAGGCCCCUCCUGGUGUUUCUGCUUCUGGCUGCUCUGUGCACUGACCUGGCCACCCCCAGCAGCAUCCUGGUCAUGAAGUCCUGUGCCCCGACGUGCCCCAACAGCACCGUGUCCUCGGAUGGCCGCGCUCUCUCCGUCUCCUGCUGCCAUGGCAGCCAGUGCAACCACAGCGGGGCUGCAGGCCUGGCUGGUGGCCACGGAGCCCUGCGGGUCAGCACCUCGGCCAGCCUGCUGUGGGCACUGCUCCGGGCGGCCUGGUGAGCCCACUCACCACUGGCUGGCCCUGGAUCUGGCCUGUCCCCUCUCGGCCUGAACUCAGGCUGCAGGGGUCUGUCUCCAGCCUGUGAAGCUCCCAGCACACCCCCACCCUGGUGGGAAGAGCCCCCAUCUCGCCUGUCACUCCUCCCUGCUUCCCCCAGGCCACACCCAGCCCCUCAGCCUUCUACCCCAGAGAAGGACGCUCCCCUCUGCCUCAGGGAACCCACCCAUGUGGGAAGCCGAGGGGGGCACGCCUCCCCCAGGCCUGCACCUCAGAGGGAACCUCAGCCCUCUCCUGGGAUCCUGGGGUCCCCCAGCCAUCUGGGAGUGGGAAGAGUGCCUCAAUUCUCCCCAGCACCCUCCACUCUUUUUCAGGGGCUUCUGCUGGCGACUCUUUCCCAUCAGCCCCUGCCUCGAAGGAGCCCCCUGUGCUCCAUGGCCACUGGGCCCCUCGGCCUCCUCCUGUGCCUGGAACUGCCCAUGCAGGAGGAGGCGGGUCGGGGGUUUGGAUGUUGAUUCUCCCGGGCUUUCUAUUUACGCCACCAGCCACUCCUGUGCUCCCUCAUUCA